AUGCGAAAAGUCUCAAACUCUCCAAAAAGAACAAUACCCGCGAGAUGUUAUAGGACAGAACCGAGGAUUUGGUGGCGGAAACUGCUAAAAACAGUUCGCAUAGUUCACAGUGUGCAUCCGACGCGAUGA